AUGGAAAAGUCAUUGCAACUGUUACAUGAAUUGAACCAAACAAGAGACAAUGUGUUGCCUGCAUUCAAUACAGAACUCGUGUCAUCCGUUAUCAGAGAAAUUAAUUCACUCUCGGAACAAAUUUUCGAAAAUUUAGUGACACAAAACACACAAAGUGAUCAAGUCAGUGAAGAGGAUUUGGAAAAGCUCCGAAUGUCUUCGGCUGUUACGUUCACAAUUUAUGAAAGAUAUAAACGAAUUUUAUUGGCCUAUUUACACACAAGAUUGGAAAGAGUCAAAACGAUUAGUACACUCCACACACAUGAAUCCAUAAAUAUUGAAAACACAAAACAAUGGAAAGAUUUUAGUGACAAUGAGCAACGAUUUGCUACGGAAUAUAGAAAGCUCGUUGAAAGUUAUGGCGAGGACAUUGGCUUUGACAUGUUCAAAUUUAUUCAGCCACCAAAAGGUGAUUGUGUGGAAGUAGAGGUGUUGCAAACCAGUGGAAGUCGUUUGUUAGAGAGUGGUAAAACUUAUCAUUUGGUUCAGGGCUCUCACUUGUUUAUUCAACUCAGUGAUGCAGAAUAUCUUAUUCAACAAGGUCUUGUGAAACUAGUGUCGUAA